AUGGCCCGCCGCUCGCAGAUUGUGUUGCUGGUCUCCUUUGCGAUCCUGCCCCUGGCCUAUUUCCUGGCUCGAAACCGCGUCUCGACGGGCUGUCGAUGCUUCCCCGGUGACCCCUGCUGGCCCUCGCCUGACCAGUGGGACAGGCUCAAUGCAUCGCUCUCUGGCAACCUGAUCUCGACCGAUCCCAUUGGCAGUGUCUGUCACACACACACCCCGUCCAGCAUCUCGAAAUGCACCGACCUCCGCGCCCACUGGUCGAUCCCAGCAACCCACUACGAGGACCCCUCGUCGCCGAUGGCAGCCUGGUGGGCCAAUUUUUCCUGCUCUCCAUUCCUCCCUGCAAGGAGUCAAUGCACAAUCGGACCACUGGCCCCCUACACUGUCAAUGCAACCUCCGCUGCAGACGUGCAGAAGGUCAUAGAGUUUACCAACAAGCACAACAUUCGCCUUUCGAUCCGCAACACCGGUCAUGACUACCUGGGGAAAUCGACUGCACCCGGCGCUGUCGCUCUCUGGACGCGUCAUCUUAAAUUCACUGAGUAUGAGCCGCAAUAUAGCUCCUCUUGGUACUCCGGUCCCGCCCUGCGGAUCGGCGCAGGCGUCCAGGGCUCGGAAGCUCAGGAUGCCGCGCACAGGGCAGGAAGCGGCCAUGUCAUUAUGGCCCCCCACUCCCCAGACGUUGGCAUUGCCGGCGGAUACACACAGGGUGGUGGUCAUGGCCCAUUGGCAUCGCGGUAUGGUCUGGCAGCUGACCAGGUUCUGGAGUGGGAGGUCGUCACUGCCGGAGGGGAGAUCCUUACUGCAUCUCCGGUGCAGAAUGCAGACCUGUACUGGGCGCUGUGUGGUGGUGGCGGGGGGGCCUAUGCUGUCGUCCUCAGCAUGACUGUGCGAAUGUAUCCAGAGGAGGAGACGGCCGCCGCGUCUCUCAUGUUCUCGUUUGAUGCUGCCGAUCCUCGUUCAUGGGAGACGAUCAGAACUUUCCUUGUCGAUACCCGCCCGCUGAUUGAUCGCGGCGGCAGUGCGCUCUGGGUUCUGUAUCCCGGCACGACCGUUGCAGAUCCGGUGAUGUUCAUCGCCGGCCCACUGACUUUGCCGGGGGGUCAGCAGGAAGACCUCGAAGGAUAUCUAGCCUCGACAUUGACAUUGCUAGAUCAGGACGGGAUUGCAUAUACCCUCGCAACCAACGCCUUCCCCAGCUACCAUGCAUCCACCGCAGCAACCGCCGUAAACGUCACUGAAUUCAACGUUGGCGGCCUGCUGGUCCCCCGCUCAACCCUCGAGUCAGACGUAGACGGCUUCCUCUCCGUGAUGCAGUCACUUCUGCAGCACAGCCCAGCGAUUUCCUGCUUCUCGAUCGAUGUCUCCCGGGCGGUCGUUGGCCCUGUAGCGGGCAACGCAGUCAAUCCGGCGUGGCGAAAUGCCGGCCUAUCCCUGGUCAUUGGCCUUCCCUUCAACUACACCAACCGCCAGGCCAACAUCGAUAGACAACAGCUUAUAACAAAUGUGCUGAUUCCGCAAGUUGCGGCUCUCACCCAGAGGGAUGGAGAACGAGUGGGUGCAUACCUGAACGAGGCGGACUGGAAUCAACCGGACUGGCAGGAAGUCUUCUACGGCGAUAACUAUGAGCGAUUGCUGCAGAUCAAGGGCAAGUAUGACCCGGGCCAGAUCUUUUACGGGCGGACGGCCGUCGGGAGUGAGCGAUGGGUGCAACGGGAGGAUGGAAGGCUGUGUCGGGCAUGA